AUGUCGACUUCUCGGUCGGAGCGAUUCCCGAUAACGCCGAGUACGGCUGCUAAUAGAUUGACGAUUACGCCUGGGUCUAGGGUUUUGAAAAGCCCUCUCACUGAAGAAGUCAUGUGGAAGCGUCUCAAGGAAGCUGGAUUUGAUGAACAAUCGAUCAAAAAGAGAGAUAAAGCCGCCCUAAUCGCUUACAUCGCCAAGCUCGAAUCUGAGGUUUAUGAUUACCAACACAACAUGGGUCUUCUCAUUUUGGAGAAAGACGAAUUGUCCUCCAAGUACGAGGAGGUUAAGGCCUCUGUGGAUGAAGCUGACCUAGCACAUAGGCGAGAUCUAUCUGCGUAUGUCUCUGCCUUAGCUGAAGCGAAGAAACGAGAAGAGAGUUUGAAGAAGGAUGUUGGGGUUGCUAAAGAGUGUAUAUCCAGUCUGGAGAAGACGUUGCAUGAGAUGCGUGCAGAAUGUGCCGAGACAAAAGUUUCUGCUGGGAGUAAAAUGUCUGAAGCUCAUAUUAUGAUUGAGGAUGCUCUAAAGAAAUAUGCAGAUGCUGAAGCAAAAAUGCGCGCAGCAGAAUCUUUACAAGCAGAAGCUAACCGGUAUCACCGAAUUGCAGAGAGAAAGUUGAAGGAAGUUGAAAGUCGUGAAGAUGAUCUUGCUCGGCGGCUUGCAUCUUUCAAGUCUGAGUCUGAAACGAAAGAGAACGAGAUAGUGAUUGAGCGACAGACUUUGAGUGAAAGGCGAAAGAGCUUGCAGCAAGAGCAUGAAAGAUUAUUGGAUGCACAAACUUCACUAAAUCAGAGAGAAGAUCACAUUUUUGGUAGAUCCCAAGAAUUGGCUGAACUUGAAAAGGGGUUAGAGUCUGCAAAGAUCACAUUUGAGGAGGAAUGUAGAGCCUUUGAGGACAAAAACUCAAAAUUAGAGAUCGAAUUGGCUUCGCUUGCGAAAAGAGAAGAGGCUGUCUCUGAGAGGGAAGCUUCACUACUUAAGAAGGAGCAAGAGCUGCUUGUUGCUGAAGAAAAAAUUGCCAACAAGGAAUCUGUGAGUUUACUUGUUCAGUCCAUCAAACCUUCUAGUUAUCAUUCAUACUUCUGGUUUUGUGCUCAUUUGUUUGCGAGGGAUAGUAAUGAUGCUUUUAAACAAUCAAUACAGGAACUGGUUCAGAAGGUCUUAGCAAAUCAAGAAGUUAUCCUGAGGAAAAGAAAAUCCGAUGUGGAAUCUGAGUUGGAAAGUAAAUGCAAAUUGGUGGAAGAUGAAAUCGAGAGCAAGAGACGGGCAUGGGAAUUGAGGGAGGUUGAUAUUAGGCAGAGGGAAGACCUAGCUGGUGAAAAGGAACAUGACUUGGAAGUUCAAUCAAGGGCAUUGGCAGAGAAAGAAAAGGAUAUAACAGAGAGGUCUCAUAAUCUUGACGAGAAAGAGAAGAAUUUGAAUGCUAUAGAGAAAGAAAUUAACCUUAAGACAACUCUCCUGGAGAAUGAGAAGGAACGACUAAGGAAACUAGACCUAGAUCUGCAGCAGUCUUUAGUGUCAUUAGAAGACGAGAGAAAACGUGUUGACCGUGCAACGGAAAAACUAGAAGCCUUGAAAAGUGAGACAAGCGAAUUAUCUGUCCUGGAGAUGAAUCUCAAGGAGGAGCUAGAUGAUUUGAGGGCUCAAAAGCUUGAACUGCUGACCGAAGCAGAUAGAUUGAAGGUGGAGAAAGCUAAAUUUGAAGCUGAGUGGGAACACAUUGAUGUGAAAAGGGAAGAGUUAAGAAAAGAAACAGAGUAUAUAACUCGUCAAAGGGAGGCGUUCUCAAUGUACCUCAAGGACGAGCGUGAUAACAUCAGGGAGGAAAGAGAUGCAUUGAGAAAUCAGCACAAAAACGAUGUGGAGGCGUUAAACCGAGAGCGGGAAGAAUUCAUGAAUAAAAUGGUGGAGGAACAUUCAGAGUGGCUUAGCAAGAUACAGCGAGAACGUGCUGACUUCCUGCUGGGUAUUGAGAUGCAGAAAAGAGAGUUGGAGUAUUGCAUUGAAAAUAAACGAGAAGAAUUGGAGAAUUCUUCUAGGGAGAGAGAGAAAGCGUUUGAGCAAGAGAAGAAGUUGGAAGAGGAGCGUAUACAGUCCCUGAAGGAGUCGGCGGCUAAAGAGUUAGAAAAUGUCCAAGUGGAACUAAAGAGGUUGGAUGCUGAGAGGUUGGAGAUCAAACUGGACCGUGAAAGGAGGGAGAGAGAGUGGGCGGAGUUGAAGGAUUCGGUUGAGGAGCUAAAGGUUCAAAGAGAGAAACUAGAGACGCAAAGGCAUAUGCUUCGAGCUGAAAGAGAAGAAAUCCGACAUGAGGUUGAAGAACUGAAGAAGUUAGAGAAUCUGAAAGUUACAUUAGAUGAUAUGUCGAUGGCUAAAAUGCAGCUGUCCAAUUUAGAGCGUAGCUGGGAAAAAGUUUCGGCUUUGAAGCAGAAGGUUGUUACACGGGAUGAUGAACUAGACUUGCAAAAUGGAGUCAGCACCGUGAGUAACAGCGAAGAUGGCUAUAACUCUUCUAUGGAAAGACAGAACGGCUCAAUACCUUCAUCCGCCACUCCAUUUUCAUGGAUAAAACGAUGCACCAAUCUGAUAUUCAAGGCUUCUCCGGAGCAAUCGUCCUCAAGGAAUCAUCAUGAAGAAGAAGGUGGAUUGCCUUCAGAAAAGUUGAAGCUAGAUUCAUCGAAAAGAGAAGAAAAGGCUUACACCGAGGGGAUGUCUAUUGCAGUUGAAAGGCUUGAAGCAGGAAGGAAAAGACGAGGUAACACAUCUGGAAAUGAUACUAGUGAGCGAAGCAGUAACAAGAAGAGGAAACAUGAGGUUACUCAAAAAUCUUCUGAUGACGCUGAUCCCCAGAGUGUAAUUUCAAGCCCUCAAAAUGUGCCCGAGGACAAACAUGAACUGCCAACUAGCCAGACCCAGACACCAAGUGAUAUGGUAGUCAUCAGUGAAACCGUGAAGAUCACAACAGUAACGUGUGAAACAGAGGUCAUCAACAAAGUGACAAACAUUGACUCGUCGGAAAAUCCUUCUGAAUCAGGAACAAAGAUGGUAGAGGAGACGCAAAAUAGUGAAUUCAAUCAGACGAGGAUAAACGUUUGUGAAACGGUGACUCGGAAAGAAGCAGAAUCUGAUAACAGAAAGGAAAAGGAGUCUGACGAUGGUGGCAUUGUAACAUGA